GAAUGUUUUCUUGCUUGCAGCCUCAAUGUCUCGCCACCACUAUGAGACUAACCCUCAUUUCAUUAGAUUUCAGCCUCAGGAUCAACAACGCGGUGGUCCUUCCAUUCCGUGGACCUCUCCUCCACAUUCAGAGCAUCCCCACCACCACGGCUCGGACCCAGACCCCGAUCCACGGCCCAGGGUGCAGAUAAAAUCCCGGGAAAGACAACGACGUGCUUCCCCCGCCGAGGAAUCCCGUCAACCCCGUGGACCACCUCCAGCAAGACCCUUGCCGCUGAGCCCAGAGGAGCCAUUACCACCACGCCACAGUCCAAGCUCUGCUAGACCAUUGUUACUUAGCCCGGAAGAGCAACGUCCUCCACCCGGCCAUGGACCACCGCCACCACAACAUCCUUCGGCCAAGCCCUCUCCGUGGAGGGCAGCAGAGACGGCACCACCACCGCGACAACCGCAUCACCAUGGCAGUGGCCUACGGAUACCGCCACCCGAGAAAACGAAUGCUGUAACAUGGUCAGCAGCCGUCUGCUGUGCCAUCUUCUGGGUCAUCCUGAUUCUCGGCGGCCUCAUUGUCCUCAUCGUCUACCUCGUCUACCGACCACGUUCCCCCUACUUCGACAUCGCCACCGCAAACCUAAACGCCGCCUACCUCGACAUGGGUUUCCUCCUGAAUGCGGAUCUCACGGUCUUUGCAAACUUCACGAACCCGAGCAAGAAAAGCAGCGUGGAUUUCAGCUACGUGACGUUCGAGCUCUACUACUACAACACCCACAUCGCGACUCAGUACAUAGAGCCGUUCAAGGUGCCAAAGGGGAUGUCGAUGUUUGCGAACGUGCAUCUGGUGAGCAGCCAGGUUAGGCUCGAGCCGUUGCAGAGCCAGGAGCUGCAGAAGCAGAUAGAGAGCGGACCGGUGUUGCUGAAUCUGAAGGGAACGUUUCAUGCCCACGCCAACCUCGGCAGCCUGUUGAGGUACUCUUACUGGUUGCACACUCAUUGCAGCAUCUCGCUCAACGGCCCUCCUUCUGGUACUAUGCGAGCUAGACGCUGCAACACCAAACGCUAGCUGCGUUUGCGUCUGCGUUUUCGGUUUUGUUGUGCGUUUGGUGAUAUAUAUAGGUUACGAUUAAUGGGUUGAUUGUUAUUGUGUUUUUGCUUUACUCUUUUUUUUUGGUCUCAUGACUCGUGUGAUUAGGAAUAAACAGACGGCAAAAGGACACGACUUGUAAUGUUUUAUUGCAAUAAUAGGAUUCAUCGGAUUUGUAAUAAUAUAAUUU